AUGGCUGGAAAGAGUAAUGAACAGUGGGCUUGUAAAUUUUCAAAAGCAAAAAAUGCUGUUGUUGAAGUUGAUGAACUUAUCUCUCGAAUUACGGAAGAUCAUAAAAUCCAGAAAAAGAUAGCAGAACCAUUAUCAAUUAAUAUUUUCACAACAAAAGUUAGCGAAGGUAAAUCAACAACAGGCUUAAAUGGUCAAUUUGUUUUUUCUCAAAUUCUAAUUGAUUGUCUCUUACGAUUAAAAUAUACUCAAACAGAUAAAACUGAAUUUAUUAAUCUUUGUAAAAAUGAAUACGAAGGUAAUCAUAUUGAGUUAGAUAAUCUUCGUGAAUUUGAGGAAGAAUAUUCAGCUGACAAAGUGUUAUGGUGGUAUACAAGAGAAUCAUUCUUUUACAAAAUCCUCAAUACAGCAUUGCGUACUCAAAAUAUUCAUACGAUCUUUUUAUUCCGUGAAUUCAUCUCAGAUAUUCAUUGUCAAUUACAGCACGAUCAAGUUACUAAUCCUUUACGAGUUUAUCGAAGUCAACUUAUGUCAAGUGAUGAAUUACAUGAUCUUAAGCAACACAUUGGACAAUUCAUUUCAAUACAGUCAUUUUUUUCCACCAGUAAAAAUCGUACAACAGCUCUCUUCUUUCUGGGCGAUACAACUUCAUUGAUUGAUUUGAAAUUGGAGGGAGUAUUGUUUGAGAUCGAUGCUGAUCCUCAAAUGGUCACUACUAAACCAUUUGCCGAUAUAAGUAAAUAUAGUCAUUUUAUCAAUGAAACGGAAGUACUUUUUAUGAUUGGUUCAAUUUUUCGUCUAAAAAGCAUUAAUUAUAGUGAUGAUCAUGUUUGGAUCAUUGAAAUGAGUUUGUGUAGUGAUAAUGAAUAUGAUUUAAAACAAGUUCUUUUGCAUAUGAAACAACAAAUUGGAAACGGAGAAACAAAUCUUCGAACAUUAGGAAAAGUACUAUGGACAAUGGGAAAAUUUGAUUUAGCUGAAGGAUAUUUUAAACGUUUAUUAAAUGAACUUCCAUCAAAUGAUCCUCUACUUAGCAGUUUAUACGAAGAUCUUGGUGAAUUGGCAUCACAAACAGGUGACUAUGAUAUGAGUAUCCAAUGGCAUCAAAAAUACCUUGAAGUCAAAAAACAAAAUGAACUACUUUUUCAAAAUAAUAGCAAUAUAACAAACAAUUGUAUAGGUGUAAGAUGGAAACAAGAAGGAAUUACUGUCGCUGGAGGCAAUGGUCGCGACGAUAACUUAAAUCAACUCUCUCAUCCUGUUGGUAUAUUCGUUGAUGACGAUCAAACUAUUUAUAUCGCUAAUAAUUCGAAUCAUCGUAUAGUUCAAUGGAAAUACAAUGCAAUAAUUGGUCAAAUUGUCGCAGGUGCAAAUGGAUGCGGAAAUCAAAUGAAUCAAUUUAAUGAGCCAAUAGGUGUAAUUAUUGACAAAGAACAUAACUCUUUGAUCAUUGCUGAUUCUGAAAACAGACGAGUGAUGCAAUGGUCUCGUCAAAACAAUACAAAAAAUGGACAAAUUAUCAUUGAAGAUAUUGAUGCGUGGGGUUUAGCAAUGGAUAAUAGUGGAACUCUUUAUGUUUCUGAUUUCAAGCAGAAUGAAGUGAAACGAUGGAAAAGAGAAGAAAAAACUGGAACAAUUGUAGCAGGCGGAAAUGGUAAAGGGAGCGAUUUCAAUCAACUUAAUUUUCCUACUUAUAUCUUCGUUGAUGAAGAUUAUUCAUUGUAUGUAUCAGAUAGUGAAAAUCAUCGUGUUGUGAAAUGGUUAAAAGAUGCAGACAAAGGAAUUAUCGUUGCUGGUGGACAAGGUCAGGGAAAUAGUUUAACACAGUUGUCUUCUCCUCGAGGAGUGAUUGUUGAUCAACUCGGUUACAUCUAUGUUGCAGAUUUUGGCAAUCAUCGAAUAAUGCGUUGGUGUAAAGAAGAUACACAAGGAGCGAUUGUUGCCGGUGGAAAUGGAGAAGGGAAACAAUCAAACCAGUUAUAUUAUCCUGAAGAUUUGUCUUUUGAUCGACAAGGAAACCUGUACGUCUCUGACCUUUGGAAUCAUCGUGUACAAAAGUUUGAAUUAAAUUCGAUUGAAAAUAAAUUUACUGAUUUAAAUAAAAGUUUGAUCGAGGAUGUGAUUGCGUAA